GGAGAAACGGGGAAGCGGGAAGUUUGCACCGCAGGGAGAAGCGAAGCAGAAUGGAGGAAAAGAUAACGAAGGUCACUUCAUGGUUGAAGAAUGUUUUUGGAGAGCAGCCGAUUCCUCUUUUCGAAAUGAACACACGGACAGUGGAUAUUUUGUAUGAGCUGGCCGAAUGCAAUGAAUCCAGAGAUGGGGAUGUCAACUUGUUAAUUGAAGAUAUGAAGCAGAAAGCAGUGGAGUAUGAGUCAGAUGGCCUCUUCCUGCAGGAACUGUUAAUGGAGGGUUUGAAUCUUUCCCUUAGCAGCCUCUCUAAAGCCAGUACGAGCUACCUAAAUCACCUAGUGGACAUCGCCUUGGCUCUGGAAACAAAGGACACGUCUCUUGCCAGUUUUAUUCCUGCCAUCAACGACUUGACUUCUGACCUGUCCAGAGCGCAAUCCAAAAGCAAAGAACUGGAACUGGAACUCAGCACCCUGAGAAGAAAGCUCACAUCAGCGCUUGUGCUGGAGAAACGCCUUCAGGAGGAUGUGCUGAAAUCCGAAAAAUUUCUGACAGAGGAAAAAAAAACAGCUGAUCGCCGAAUGCAGACGAUGGAGUUCCUAAUGAAGAAAUCAGAAGAUAUCAAAUGUGAAAUUAGAUCCGCUAAGGACCAGCUGUCUGCGAGUGGGCUGGAUGCUUCUCUCACCCAUGAGUCACUGGUGACCCUUUCAGAGAAACUGGCAGAUAUGAAGAACCAGUCAGUUCCUUUAAAGAAGAAAAUAGAAUCUUAUCUGGAUCUCACACCGAGUCCUUCUCUUGCUCGAGUGAAAAUUGAAGAAGCCAAGAGAGAGCUGGAAGCCCUGGAGGCCGAAUUUUCAACAAAGCUGGAUAUGACUGCACUUUCGGCAACUUUGCCUACCAAAAGACCAUUUGUGUAAUCAUUCUGGUGCGUGCAAAAAGGGAAGAUUAUUGUGGCUGUUGUGCCUGCUGGUUUCUCCCUUGACAGAACGUACCAUAUUGUAUAUAAAUUGUUUUUUCUUCCUGGGACUACGUCAUAGCAUUCAAUCUUGCUGAAUAAAAUUUUUAACAUGGGGAUUUAUAUAAGCAAUUGGAUUAGGCCAUCACCCUAUUGUGUGCUGUAUUGCAUCUAACUCGUUCACAGAAGAAUAACUGUAAGUAUUUGUAAGUAACA